AUGAAUCCGGGAGAGUUCGCCAACCCGGGCGCGGGACCUGGCCGGCCAGCCCUGCCCGUUGGGAUGAGGCCUAUGAAGGCGAACAUGCAACCACAGAAGAAUGAGAAUAUACAGGCUAUUAUGAACCAUGUCGCCUCAGUAAUACAAAAUCAGGGACCUCAUGGUGGUUGGAAGGCCACGGUUCAGGUAAAGGACCGCGCCAUGCACAUUUAUCAAAUGAUCUCUUCCCUUCGUCUUAUUCAACCUAGCAUCGGUCUCAGCCAAGCAGCCCAGGCGGCCAUGAGUUUUGAGUCGAAAGCCUUCUCCAAAGCCAAUGAACGAGAUGAUUAUGAGAAGGAAUGCACCGAAAAGCUUCUUCACAUCAAAGACACACGAGAGAGACAAGCCGCGGUCGCCUACCAAACUGGAAUGAUGCCCCAGACGGGCGCUGUCCAAAAUCAGAUCCCUGUCGGUUUCCCGCAACAAAUGAAUCAGAACAUGCAAAACUCCCCUGUUCCCGGCCAGAACCAAAUGGCAAUGGGAAUGAAUAAUGCUGCCCUCCAGCAGCAGCAACAGCAGCAGCGACAACAGCAACAGUCUCAGGCGAUGCUUCAGCAACAGGCGCAACAACAACAGCGCACCCAACAACGUCCUGCAAAUGGCAUCCCCCUACCCGACGACCUCAACACCUUAUCCCCUCAGGACCUCGAUCAUGUUUCUCGACUGGCAAACGAGAUGCUGAGCAAGACUUCCCCCGAAGACAUGGAAAAGAUCAAGCUGAACUUGUCAAACAUGACCCCCGAACAGCGUCAAUAUCUGGCAAGAAAAAACCUUGAUCCGAUGACCUAUUUCUUCCGCUCUCAGGCACUCGGUCAGAUCAGACGUCAUCGUCGCGCCCGUGCAGAAAUGGGACGCACUCAAAACGCUGGAAUGGACCCCAAUGGCAACAUGAUGGGUGACCCCAUGAUGAAUUCCCAACAGCAGCGACAGGCGUUCCAGAAUAUGCUGAACCUUCAGCGUAAUAAUGCAUUCCCUGGUAACCCUGGCCAGUCGAUGGAGCCUCCGAACUUCAUGGGCAACGUGGAAAACAUCCAAGGACAGCAGGCAGAUGGCCUACGCUCACAAGAAGCUGGCCAGCUAGUGGUUCCUGCAAGUUCAUCGCAAAUGAACCAGGCACCAUUCCCAAACAACAACCACAAUAACAUGUUCCCGCAACAAAUGGGCCAGAAUGGCCAGGCAAACAUGAACGGCGACAAUGUCAACGCCCAGGCCCAAUUCCUUGCUCAGCAGCAGCAUAUGCAAGGCGGCUCCAAUGUUCCCCAGGAUCGAAUGCAGUUCCAGGCCCAGGCCCAGGCCCAGGCUCAGGCGCGUGCACAGGCGGCUCAGAAAGCUCAGAUGGCAAUCUCAGGUCAAGGUGGCCAGGCGAACCCCCAAGGACAGUCACAACUCACUGGCCAGAGUCCCGGCAUGCCGAUGCUGAACCAACCGAUGGCACCCGGUCAGAUGUCGCCAGUUCAGGUCCCUGCUCAAACGCGACCACCCUCCCGUGCUCCGAACAUGGGUCAGCACCCUGGUGGUGUUCAAGGACAGGCUGCAAUGCAAGGUCGUCCACCAAUUCCUCCCAAUAUCCCGCCACAUGUCCGAGAACAACUUGCCCGUAUGACCCCAGAACAGGCCCAAGCUUUUAUUUUGAACCAACAGCGUCGGGCUGCUCUUGCAAGCAAUAUGGCUCGAAAUUCCGCCCAACAACCCGGCUCUCUACAGCAAAACCAAACCCAGCCAGGCCAACCCCAGCAGAUGAUCAAUAAUCAAAUGGGCAAUGCCAUGAUGAGAGGCUCGAUGAACGUCCCUCAGGAUUUGAACCCCGGAGGACUACCCCAAGGCCAGCAGCUGACCCCGCAGCAGCGUCAACAACAGCAGAACGAAAUGUUCAAGCUCCAACUGCUGCGACAGCAAAACAAUGGAGUGGAGAUGACCGCUGAUCAGAGCAAGCAAAUGGACCGUGUGGCGUUCCCACCGUCGAUUUUGAACAUGAACGGCACCUCAAUGCAAGUACCUAAGAACAUCAAGAAUUGGGGCCAACUCAAACAAUGGGCUGCAUCAAACCCUGGAGUUUCAAGACCUAAUGAUGUGUCCCGGCUUAUGAUGCUCCAGAAGCUUCACCUGGGUCAAUUGCUUUCAUCUGGUACCGGUCUAGUCAAAGACCCGAAUACACCAGCUCAACAGGCAACCCCCUUCCAGAGCACCCAGAACCAAUUUCCGAAUCCCCAGGGCUUCCCUGUCGGUCAGCAACAACCUACCCCUAACAUGGCGGGCAUGCGGCCGAUUUCCGCCCAAGACAUUCAAAUAGCGCGUCAGAAGCUGGGACCCCAGUCAGCCAACUUCAGCGAUGAACAGAUCCGCGAAAUUCUGCACCGGAACCGUCAAAGGCAAUUAUUGCAGGCCGCGCAAAGCCGAGCUAUGCAAAUGGAAGGAAACAUGCCGCCUGGGCAGCAAGGCCAACCGACGACGCAACCCCCGUUCCCUACAGCCCAAGCUGUCCCUCAACCUAAACCACAAGCUCCUCAGCAGACACAGCAGCCUGCAGAUCCACAAUCAUUGAACGCAAAAUCCCAAGCCACGGCCACAGCCAAAAAUGCCAAGGCCGUUACCGGGAAACAGGCGUCAAAGAAGCGACCCAGCACAGAUGAUACUGCUGACGCCAGAGCCAUGGCUACUCCCCAACAGAGCCAGCCUGCAAUGGCUCCGGGUGCAGGGACUGGCCCUUCCAGGCCAGGACUCCCAUUUACGCAAGAACAGCUUUCACAGAUGACUCCCCAGCAGCGAGCCCAGGUGGAUGCGCACAUUUGGAGGCAACAACAGGCUCAACCCAAGAUUCUUAGCAGAGCUGCCGCCGAGGAAGCGUGGAACAAGAACCUGCCACCUCAAGUCAUGGAGGUUUACAAUGAGAUCUCCAAGGCCGCCCCACCUGCAAAGCCACUGCCCAUCAGUCCAGAGGACAAGAUCUCAAUGACAAACCAAUUGCGUGAAUCCUUGCAGGUCCUUGGUCGGUUGGAUGCUCUGGUGCAAUGGUAUGCGAAAGUGCCAGGCCAGGAGAAGAACGUCAGAAAUCUUCUCGCUAUGCGCAUCCAACUAAUGAGACAGUUCAAGCCUUCGCAAGAUUGGGUUGUUAAUGAUCAUUUCACAAUCACCAAUGAUUAUCUUCACGGCGCUGUCAUGUUCAUGAAAAGGCUGUUCCAGUUGAUGCUUACCCGUAUACAACAACAGAGCCAGCGUUCCAACGCUUCUCAACCUCCUGCUUCCACCGCGCCAACUGCCCAAGGCAACAUGCCUGCACUAAAUGCCACCAAUUUGCAACAGCUGCAGGCACAGGAAGAAGCUCUCCAGCGAGCUCGGCGCGCCUCGAGUCAGUCUGCUACCGUUCCACCUGCGCCUUUUGGUGCUCCAUCACCAUCAGGAGUCCCUCAUGCCUAUGGCCCAGGAGGACUUGCCCCCGAAAACCUUAAACUGCCUCCCCCGAAAAGACGGAAGCAGUCUCAUGCUGGUAUUGCAUCGUCUCCAAUCCAGGCUAACGCGGCUCCUGUGGCAGCCGCGAAGUACAACAAAGCAGUCGCGGAUGCCAAAUCGACAGCUGCAGCGUUGGCGGGUGCUUUCAAGUGCAGUGUGGUUGAAUGUCAACACCACUACCAAGGAUUCCCCACUCAAGUGGCCUUGGACAAGCAUGUUGAGGAAAGCCAUCAACCAGAGGAGGAGGAAGUCAUCGAUGACUAUCUCAAAUAUUACCAUGAAAGCAUUUCGAUCGGUUUGGGAUUGAAUCCCAACGACCCUCAAGUCCCACAGGUCGCCACAGCCGGAUUCGCACCACUUUCCACCAAGAUCAGCGCUGCGGCAUCUCCUGCGAAACAAAGCAUUGCUACUCCUGUUCUUGGAAACAUGACUCCUAUGGCCCGAGUCACCAGCCAACUCGGAGGCAAGACCGCAUCUCCUUCUACGUCAACCCAGCUGCUCACCCCGCAGCAGUCAGCUAAGGGGGUGAAGUCUGCUGGCAAGGAUGGAAAGAAGGAUGCUGGUAAGUUUGCUUUGGAGGAUAGCGAGCAAAAGGACCCAUGGGCGGACUGUCCCACUUCGCUUGACGCCCUCCAUGACACCUUCUCGAACCUGGCGAGCAAGGACUUGCCUCACCUGGGCUACGACCCGCUUGAGGACUUCAAUAUCAACGAAGCCACCCCAGAGGAUGAUUGGCUCGCCCUUGGUACUCUCACUCCCCCUGACGAGGUCGACCAAGCCACAUUCAUGGAUAAAUUCUAUGAACCCUGGGAUGAGGAGACCAUUGCAUUGGCUGCGGCCACAAUCCGCAUUCCGCCCGAUAUUCAGGUCAAGAGCGAAGGCUCUAUGGGUCAACUUGAAGUUGAUUGGGAUGCCGUUGCCCGUUACGACAAGGAAGGCAUUCCCAUUCCCAUGACUUAA